UUAAGCAUUCUCUGCAUUGCCUUCUCCAAGCCUUUGAGGGACCCAGAAGCCUUUGCGCGAUGACGUCACGGGAACGGGGCCUCGGAAACCCUCGCGGCGGCAAGAGGCGGGAUGUUGCGGUUGCGGUGGCGACGGCGGGAAGCAAAAUGACUGGAGGUGGGAAGCGGCCACCCGAAGCAGCUGUGCAGGAACAGUGUGACAAGAGUAAAGAAGUCAAGAAGAGACGGUCCUUGGAAGCAGAUGUCCCUGAUCAUGUACGCCAAGAAGUGGAAAGUUGCUACCGGCUCAAGAUGCCUGAAGACUUCUAUCAUUUCUGGAAGUUUUGUGAGGAGUUGAAUCCUGACAAGCCAUGUGAUGCACUGAAAUCAAGCAUUGGACUUCAGUUAGUUGGGCCGUAUGACAUUCUUGCAGGAAAACAUAAAAAGACUAGUAGAUCAGGAGAUGUGAACUUCAGUCUUCACUGGAGGUUUUUUUAUGAUCCUCCUGAAUUCCAGACUGUCUUUAGUGGAGACAGCAAAAUGCAAUAUCAUAUGGGAUAUUUUAGAGAUAUGCCAGAUGAACUGCCAGUGUGGGUUGGUGAAAAUGAAGCCAAGAAGGGGUGCACAAUUUCUCAAGUUGGUGACAAUGUGUUUGCUGCUGUAAAGCUUUUUUUGUCCAAAAGGCUUAAGGAAUUGACAGACAAAAAGAAAAGCAGCAUUUUGAAAGAUAUAGAUGAAAAACUAACCAAAACAGCAAAAGAACUGGGUUAUUUGCUGGAGCAAAAAACUGCCACGAUGAAACAGAGAGAUAAGAAAGUAGUAACCAAAACAUUUCAUGGAGGUGGCCUGGUUGUCCCUGUAGAUAAGAAUGAUGUCGGGUACAGAGAGCUUCCUGAAACAAAUGCUAAUCUCAAAAGAAUCUGUAAAGCCAUUGUAGAUGCUCCUAAUGAUGACCAGAGACUGAAAGCCUUUGCCCCUAUUCAGGAAAUGCUGACUUUCAUUCAGUUUGCUAAUGAUGAAUGUGACUAUGGAAUGGGGUAUGAACUGGGAAUAGACCUCUUCUGCUAUGGGUCGCAUUAUUUUCACAAGAUUAUUGGCCAGUUGCUGCCUCUUGCUUACAACUUGCUGAAGAGGAAUUUAUUUGCAGAGAUCAUUGAAGCUCAUUUAGCUAAUAGGAAGGAAGAUAAUGUAGACCAGCUCACAGCAUAAUAGGCAAUGUCACUGAAGUACAGUAAAGUAUGGUGUUUUGUUUUGGGGGUAUUUUCUUGGAUUUUGGUAUUAAACUGAUGUAGUUUCUAUGUGAGAGAAAUAAACUUUUUUUUUGCUAAAG